GGUUGCCGUGUCGGCCCAGUGCGCAGGCGCGGGAAAGUUGAACUUCCGAAGUAAAGUUUGUAGAAAUUGAGCGAAAGCGUGUACGCCAGUGCGACGGGGGCAGAACCCCGAGCCAGGUACCCCCAUGGCCGGCUCUGAAGAGUUGGGUCUCCGAGAGGACACACUGAAGGUUCUGACGGCCUUCCUUAAGCGCGGUGAAGUCGCUGGGUCCCCUGUCCCAUCUCCGCCCAGGAGUCCUGCCCAAGAGGAGACAACAGAUUUCCUGAGCCGCCUCAGAAGAUGCCUCCCUUGUCCCCUGGGGAGAGGAGCUCCUCCCACGGAGUCCUCUAGGCCCCACUUCCUUCCUCUAAGGCCCUGCUAUGGUUCAGAGCCUGGCCCAGCCUCUUCAGAUUUCUAUGCCCUGGUUGCCCAGCGUCUGGAACAGUUGGUGCAGGAGCAACUGAAGUCUCCGCCCAGCUCGGAGUUCCAGGGACCCCCACCCACGGAGAAGGAAGCCCUGCUAAGGCGGCUGGUAGCCUUGCUGGAGGAGGAGGCAGAAGUCAUCAACCAAAAGCUGGCAUCUGACCCGGCUCUGCAUCGUAAACUGGCCCGCCUAUCAGCAGGCUCUUUUGCCCGCCUUGUGGAACUCUUCUGUAGCAGGGAAAGCAGCUCCUCCCCAAAUUGCUCCAGCCCGUCUCUACCUUGCCCAGGGCCCCCACCGCCAUCUCCAGAUCCUCUGGCACGCCUGGCACUAGCCAUGGAAUUGAGCCGGCGCGUGGCCGGGCUUGGGGGUACCCUGGCCAAUCUCAGCGUUGAGCAUGUACACAGCUUCGUGCCUUGGAUCCAGGCCCAUGGGGGCUGGGCUGGCAUCCUGGCCACCUCACCUGUGGACUUGAACUUGCCCUUGGACUGAGCGUUUCCUCUGACCCGUCAUAGGUGACUGAAAUGUGACGACACGCACACAUCAGGGCUGUAGGGUGGUGGUUGCCCGACCUUUUUGUUUUGUCUUGUUUUUGCCAAAAAGACUGUUUAGAAAUGUGUCUGUAUUAAAAUCUUUGUUCUUUAACUAGA